UUUGCAGCAUCAGUACCGCGCUCGAAUCGCAUUCGUUUGCUGGAGUCUGUGCGCGCUGCGGGGCUACACUGCGCCGCUACGGAGGACACACGAGCACUGUGAAACGGGAAUAGGGAACGGAAAACGCCACAGUAGCACAGCACAGGGGAUACGCAACCCCCUUAUCAAUACAAAUUGCAGACAUCUAAAGGACUCGGACCCUUGGAAAUAAGAAGACCAUCAAAAAAGAGAAAUUUCGAACUAAAGUAUUGUAGCCACCACGGCGAGGGAACCAUGAAGGAUCGUACGCAAGAACUACGAAGUGCUAAGGACAGCGACGAUGAUGAGGAAGUCGUCCACGUCGACCGAGAUCACUUCAUGGAUGAGUUCUUCGAACAGGUGGAGGAGAUCCGUGGCUGUAUAGAGAAGCUCUCUGAGGAUGUGGAGCAGGUGAAGAAGCAGCACAGUGCCAUCCUGGCGGCGCCCAACCCUGAUGAGAAAACCAAGCAGGAGCUGGAGGACCUCACAGCUGACAUCAAGAAGACAGCCAAUAAAGUUCGCUCAAAAUUAAAAGCAAUCGAGCAGAGCAUUGAACAGGAGGAGGGCAUGAACAGAUCAUCCGCAGACCUGCGAAUCCGGAAGACACAGCACUCGACACUGUCGCGUAAGUUCGUGGAGGUGAUGACUGAGUACAACACCACGCAGUCUAAAUACAGAGACCGCUGCAAGGACCGUAUCCAGAGGCAGCUGGAGAUCACUGGGAGAACAACCACCAACGAGGAGCUGGAGGAUAUGCUGGAGAGUGGCAAGCUGGCCAUUUUCACUGAUGAUAUCAAAAUGGACUCCCAGAUAUCCAAGCAGGCCCUCAACGAGAUCGAGACUAGACACUCUGAGAUCAUGAAACUGGAGACUAGCAUCCGUGAGCUUCACGACAUGUUCUUGGACAUGGCCAUGCUGGUGGAGAGCCAGGGUGAGAUGAUUGACAGAAUCGAGUACAACGUGGAGCACUCAGUGGACUUUGUGGAGCGGGCUGUGUCUGACACCAAGAAGGCCGUGAAAUACCAGAGCCAGGCCCGCAAGAAGAAGAUCAUGAUCAUAAUCUGCUGCGUCAUCCUCGGAGUCGUCCUGGCGUCCACUAUCGGAGGAACCCUCGGCUUCUAGACGAAGAAA